ACCCCCAUACCCCCGCCGUUUCACCUACCACACUCCCGGCUCUCCUGCACCGGGCGCACCCAAUUCACACCCACAAACGCACGCCCGCACGCGCGCGCGCGCGCUCAGAGACCUCCGUCGCCGCCCGCCGCACGCCGGCGACCCACCGCGCCGCACGAUGCCGCCGACCUCAGUGAGCCCACCAAGAACAGCGCCGGGGCCGGCGAACCCGAGCCCGGCACACCCGUCCCGCGUGCGGGUGAUCCACCCGGGCGGCGGGAAGCCCGGUGGGCCGGUGGUGUACUGGAUGCUGCGGGACCAGCGGCUCGCCGACAACUGGGCGCUCCUCCACGCCGCCGGCCUCGCCGCCGCCUCCGCGUCCCCGCUCGCCGUCGCGUUCGCGCUGUUCCCGAGGCCCUUCCUCCUCUCCGCCCGCCGCCGCCAGCUCGGGUUCCUCCUCCGCGGCCUCCGCCGCCUCGCCGCCGACGCCGCCGCCCGCCACCUCCCCUUCUUCCUCUUCACCGGUGGGCCCGCGGAGAUCCCGGCGCUGGUGCGGCGCCUUGGUGCGUCGACGCUGGUCGCCGACUUCUCGCCGCUGCGGCCGGUGAGGGAGGCGCUCGACGCGGUGGUCGGCGACCUGCGGCGGGAGGCGCCCGGCGUGGCCGUGCACCAGGUGGACGCGCACAACGUGGUGCCUGUGUGGACGGCGUCGGCGAAGAUGGAGUAUUCAGCCAAGACCUUCAGAGGCAAGGUGAGCAAGGUGAUGGAUGAGUACCUUGUGGAGUUCCCUGAAUUGCCGGCGGUGGUGCCAUGGGACAGGGAGCAGCCGGAGGGGGUCGACUGGGACGCACUCAUCGCCAGGGUUUGCAGUGAGGCGGAGAAUGUGCCGGAGAUUGACUGGUGUGAGCCUGGAGAGGAAGCAGCCAUAGAGGCGCUUCUCGGCAGCAAGGAUGGAUUCCUGACGAAGAGGAUCAAGAGCUAUGAAACUGACCGGAAUGAUCCCACGAAACCACGGGCAUUGUCUGGGCUUUCACCAUACCUUCAUUUUGGGCACAUUUCGGCACAGCGGUGUGCGCUCGAGGCAAAGAAAUGCCGACAUCUUAGUCCCAAGUCCGUCGAUGCUUUCUUGGAGGAAUUGGUUGUAAGGAGGGAAUUAGCUGACAACUUCUGCUAUUACCAACCUCAAUAUGAUUCGCUGUCUGGUGCAUGGGAAUGGGCAAGGAAGACACUGAUGGAUCAUGCUGCUGAUAAAAGAGAGCAUAUCUAUACGAGGGAACAGCUUGAGAAUGCCAAAACACAUGAUCCUUUGUGGAAUGCAUCGCAGUUGGAGAUGGUUCACCAUGGAAAAAUGCAUGGAUUCAUGAGAAUGUACUGGGCCAAAAAGAUUCUAGAAUGGACUAGUGGACCAGAAGAAGCACUUUCAACUGCAAUUUAUUUAAAUGACAAGUAUGAGAUAGAUGGCAGGGACCCCAGUGGUUACGUCGGAUGUAUGUGGUCCAUAUGUGGCCUCCAUGAUCAGGGUUGGAAGGAGCGUCCAGUAUUUGGAAAGAUACGUUACAUGAAUUACGCUGGCUGCAAGAGAAAAUUCGAUGUUGACGCUUACAUUUCUUAUGUCAAGAGAUUAGCUGGUCAAUCCAAGAAGAGGAACGCUGAGGAGUCUCCAAAUCCUGUAGUCAAGCUUUCCAAGUCUCAGCACUAAAUCCGACUAGGAAAAUAUGAACAUUUCUUUGUGUGGUAUACCACGAGCUCGGAAAAUUGAAGAACAGUGCUAACUUGAGGUAGAUCAUGUAGGGUAUACACUGUAGAUCUGUUUGUCUGAUAUCCUUGUAGGCUUCUAAUCAUUCAAAAUUUGCUAGCAUUGUUAAGACUUUAAGACAUACAGUGUCACACCAGUUGAAUUCAAGUGUACACAUUGAUCUAACACUGAACUAAAGUACUGCUUACUGCCUAACAAACAGUACUUGGCAAACGAUGCCUACUGUGUAAUGAGAAAGAUAAAAGAAAAUGUCUUGCAGGUA